UUGCGUUUUCUACUUCAUGUUUGGGUGGGGAAGCAAAAGAAUGGGUAUUGGUUGAGGCUAAUGCCGCAGGGUUCGAAGACAUUGGAGAGUGGUCUGGUACGAUGAACCUGAAGCAGUUCCUUGCUAAGAUCAAGGAACGCUUCCUGGACAAGACGACGACCGAUAAGGCUUUUGACCAGCUCACAACCAUAGGCCAACGUCAUUGGACCUCUGUGGAGUCUCUGCCUCGGGAAGUAGAUCGGUUGCUGCAGGUUCCUGGAUUGAACCUGCAGGACAACCAAAUCCUCUAUAUCUAUUCCCGCGCUCUGCCCGAGACUAUUCGUGGACAGCUUGUGGCAGACUCAAAAUCCGGAAAGUAUAAUUAUAGGCAGUUUCGCGAUCUGGCUCUCCAAAGAGAGCAAAUGACUUCACAAGUUAAGAACUCAUAUGCUUCCGUGGUGAAGUAUGGUGGAGGAGGAGGAGGAGCGAAUUGGGGUAAGCGGGUCCUGUGGCGUCAUAAGCGCCAGGACCAUAUGCUUGUUCUUUUUUACAACGAAACUGUGGAGAAGAUGCCGCUAGAAGCCGAGGGGGCGGCAUGCAGCAGGACAAUGUCUGUCAACAAGGGGUUGAUCGAGCAGCUGAAGAGGCACUUCACCGGCAAUGGCCCGGCCGGGAAACACAAGAGCAAGGGGCAUAAGCACUAUGUCUGCAAUUACUGCGAGCUCCGGUUCGUURGGUCGGCCACCAACCUCAGGGAUCACUUCCUGAAGGGCAAGUGUAAGAUCGAGUGCGUGACCCGCGUGUUGGGCGCGGAGGAGAGGGUGAGGAGGUUGGAGGGGAUACGAACGGGGACGAUGCAGGCGGAAUCCCUUGUCGGAGGGAAGGGAAGCGCGGGUGCGGGUCCGAGCAGUGCUCCCUCUCGUAGCAGCUUGGUUGUCCCACCCACGAUGGUGUCGGGGCCCCUUGUCCCGGCUGUUGGGGAGUCGACCACACCGGCGACAUCCGGGAACGUUGCGCCGUUGGCCGGACGGUCGACAAGGCAAACUCUUAUCGAGGAGGCGGACAGCAUCGUCACGCACAAUGAGCAGACCAGCAGAUACCUGGACCGUUUUCUGAUUUGUACAAAUCAGCCGUUCAACCUGCUGGAGAACUACUACUUGCAAGGAAGUGGGAGAGGACUGGCUGCAUGCUGCAAAUGGACGGUCUGCAUGGAAGGGAAGGACAAGGAUUCGGCGGCAUACUUCAAGGUGCUGGAAGGCGUCAUCGAGGAGGUUGGUUCGCGGUCCGUCGUCGCUGUCGUGAUGGAUAACGCCAGGGUCUGUUCGAAGGCCGGGAAGAUGGUGGAGGCACAGUACCCUGGGAUUUUCAGUGUGGGUUGCACGGCCCACGCGUUGGACUUGGCACUGGAAGACAUGUAUAAGAGGAUGGACUGGAUGAAGGAAGUGGUCGACAAGGGGAACCGAGUGGGCAAAUUCGUGACCAACGUCGAUAAGGUCCGGGCCAUGUACAACAGAAUUGCAAAAGCCCAACUCAAACGCCCAGCCGUCACGAGGUUCGCAACGAACUUCGAGAUGUUGGAGUCCUUGAGGAGCGGGAGGACUUCACUUGAGUUGUGCGUCGGGAACGUGGCAUGGGUUGACAAGUUGGUAAGGCCUGAGCAGGUGCCUGCAUUCAACGCUGUGACGCGCAUCAUUACCGACAGUCGAGGCUUUUGGGACGAGGUGGACAGAGCAAUUGCUGUGAUAGAGCCCGUAGUCAUUCUCAUGAACCGGUGGGGGUUCAUGACAUCAGAGUUGCAUUGCGCUGCAGCCUUCCUCAAUCCCGAGUACAAGUCGCAGACGUUGCGGGACACGGAGAUCCGCGAGGGUUUCAAGAUCUAGCUCUACUCUUGGGCGCCACCGGAG